UGACCGGUGUUGUGUAUGAAUCGUUUAUCCUAUCAAUAUCUUUCAAUUCGUACAACAUAAAGUGUCGAACCCAAACCAUAGUGUGUCACCGCAGUAAAAGACUUGUAAUAUUAGCGCCAUAUCAGCUACUAAAAAAAAUGAAUAUGAAACCAAAAUUUUUAAGCCCAGGCGAGAGUACUUGGAAAGAGGACAAAGCAGACGUAGAUGUGAAUUCGGGGACACAAUUCGUUUACAAUGCUCAUCGUUCGUUAGCUAUAGAUAUGCAACGUCAACGUUUACCAAUAUUCAAGAACAGACAUCACAUAAUAUAUUUACUAGAAAAGUAUCAAACACUGGUUCUAGUCGGUGAAACCGGUUGCGGUAAAAGCACCCAGGUACCUCAGUAUCUUUUGGAGGCCGGUUGGACUGGAGAUGGCAAAAUGAUUGGUAUCACGGAACCGAGGAGAGUAGCCGCCACCUCACUGGCCAAUCGUGUUGCUGACGAACAAAACUGCGUCCUCGGCACUGUCGUAGGAUAUUCGAUACGCUUUGACGAUUGCACCGGCGAAGAUACGAAAAUUAAGUUCAUGACCGAAGGUAUACUGCUUCGGGAAAUGAUGGGUGAUCCUUUACUGACCAAUUACUGUAUCCUUAUACUGGACGAAGUACACGAGCGAACCUUGCUCACCGACAUCGUGAUGGGAUUACUGAAGAAGAUAAUUCGGAAGCGACGAAGUUUAAAAGUAAUUGUGUCAUCGGCAACCGUCGAUGCUGAACAACUUCGUGAUUUCUUCAACACAAACACUUCGAAGGACACUUCAAAGGACUCCGCGACAAUCAUCAGCGUUGAAGGUCGCCUCCAUACGGUAGACACCUACUACGUCGAAGAACCAGUCGCCGAUUAUGUGAAAGCAGUCGUUGAUACGGCGUUGAAAAUUCACGUGCAUGAAGAACAGGGUGACAUCUUGGCAUUUCUCACCGGAAUGGAGGAAGUCGACAGGGCCGUUGAUCUGCUUAACGAGCAUGCGAAAUUGAUUAUAGAUGGCAAACAAAAAAUCUUACCACUUCCUAUGUAUGGCUCUCUUCCGAGCACGGAACAAUUGAAAGUAUUUUGGAACGCCCCAAAAGACACCCGAAAAAUUAUCAUCACGACGAAUAUAGCCGAAACUUCCAUCACGAUACCUGGCGUUGUUUACGUAAUUGAUAGCGGGUUUGUAAAAAUCCGUUGGUUUGAGGUGGAAACACACACUGACAGCCUAAUUGUAGCACCAGUAUCCAAAGCAUCUGCAAAUCAACGAGCUGGGCGGGCUGGUCGUGUAAGAUCCGGAAAAACGUACAGGCUCUACACAGAGGAUGCUUUUGACAAAUUUGUUGAUGCAACUCCUCCAGAAAUGCAACGUUCAGAUCUAGCACCUGCCAUUCUACAGCUGAAAGCUCUGGGCAUCGAUAAUGUCUUGCGAUUUAAUUUUCCCUCACCGCCACCAACAAAAAAUCUCCUGUGUGGCCUAGAACUGCUUUAUGCUUUGGGGGCCAUUGACAAUAAUGGAGAAUUGACAAGUCCGCUGGGAGCAACAAUGGCAGAAAUGCCAUUAGAUCCUGUCUAUGCCAAGUGUUUGAUAAUCUCAGGUACUAUGGAAUGCUCAGCGGAGAUAACAAUCAUCCUAGCUAUGCUUCAGGUGCAAAAUGUGUUUACAAUACCCGGAGGGGGUCAAGCAGCUCUGAAAGCACGAGUUGCACGUCGCAAGUUCGAAGCAGAAGAAGGGGAUCUGAUCACGUUGUUAAAUGUCUAUACGGCCUAUGAGUCCCAGAAAGUAACAAGCUGGUGUCACCAGAAUUUUCUCAAUCACAAAACACUACGAAGAGCCACAGAAAUUCGUACCCAGAUGUGUAAAAUGCUUAAAAAGUUGAAUAUUCCACUUAUCUCUUGUCAAGGUGACACCGAAAAGGUUCUGAGGUGCAUUACUGCCGGCCUGUUUCCCAACACUGCGUAUCUUCAUUACACUGGGGUGUACAGAACCGUUCGAGGUAGCAGGGAACUUCACAUUCACCCCAACAGCUGUUUGUACACUGUUCAACAGCCUCAAUGGCUCAUCUUUUGCGAAAUUUUGCACACCAGCAAAACGUACAUGCGAGAGUUGACAGUUGUAAAACCAGAAUGGCUGGAAGAACUAGCACCUCAUUUCUACCAAAGACGUGCCAUCGAUCCCUUCUAGCCCCCCAACGGAUGAAAAUGAAUGGAUCGCUGUUUUAAAAUACAUCAUAAACGAUGGAAGAAUUUGCAAGCACUAAAACCAUGAGAGAAGUUUCAAUUUUUCCAUCAAUGACUUUCAUUAGAUAGAAAAAAUAGAUAUGAAUUUUGGCAACUAAUAAAUUGGUACUUUGUGUAAACCGAGUUGAUUUAUUUUUUGUUGUCGUGAUCAAUACUCGAACUGAAUCCGCUUACUUAUUUCUACCGAUGCUGCAUAUUAAAAAGUUCUGUAAGUGAUAAGUGAACUUGAAAAUUUCCUGUACAUCCUUAGAGUCUUGCAACGUUUUGAAUACAAAAUAGGAUAAUUUUAGGAAAUUUG